AUGGCCGCUACAGCUAUUCAACAAAUACUUGAAAUUCGAGAUGCAUCAAUUCCCAAGGAUAGUUUACUUGGAGAUGCAAUGCCUGAUUCAUCUGUCCUUGAUGUGACGAAUAUUCCACGUCAGUGUGGUUUAUUAUCAAAUGAUGAAAUUACUAUUACUGAAAAUUAUACAGCUACUCAACUUGUUAAUCUAUUGGCUAAAGGUCAAUUGACAGCUGAACAAGUCCUUAGAGCUUAUUUAAAACGAGCUGGUAUUGCUCAUCAAUUGACUAAUUGUGCUACAGAGUUUUUUGGUGAAGAAGCAAUCGAUCGAGCUAAGUAUCUGGAUAAAGAAUUUAAAAGACGAGGAGGACCCGUAGGUCCACUUCAUGGUUUACCAAUCUCUGUCAAAGAUUUAAUAACUAUGCGUGGUCGACGGAUCAAUUCAGGAUGGAUAAAAUGGAUUAAUAGAAUAGGCGAAGAUGAUGCUCUCACUUUGAAGAUUCUCUAUGAAGCAGGUGCCAUCUUCUAUGUUCGUACUACUCAACCACAAGGUUUGAUGCAUCUAGAAUGUAGCAGUCCAAUCUAUGGUACUACUGUUAACCCAUUUAAUCGAAAUUUAACUAGUGGUGGAAGUACAGGUGGUGAAGGAGCUUUACUUGGCCUGAAAGGUAGUCCCAUGGGAAUCGGCACUGAUAUAGGUGGAAGUAUACGUUCUCCAGCUGCUAACAAUGGAAUUUACGGAUUAAAACCGACCACUUUUCGAAUACCGAGGAUGGGUGUUACAGGAGCGCAAAUGGGAAAAGAAGGUAUUAUUGGUACAAUGGGUCCACUUACUCGAGCAAGAGAAGACAUUAAUCUAUUCAUGAAAACGGUACUUGACACUAUACCAUGGCUAAGAGAUCCAUCUCUUGUGCCCAUUCCUUGGAGAUCGAUUGCGUUGGAUUCUAAAAAUUUAACAGUGGCUGUCAUGUGGGAUGAUGCUGUUGUACACCCUCAUCCACCUAUCACACGAGCUCUUCACGAAACUGUGGAACAUUUGAAAAAAUUUGGAAUUCGAGUUAUUGAUUGGGAACCAAUUGAUCAUCAAAAAGGUUGGGAUAUAAUUAGUGCAUUAUAUUAUUGUAAUGGAGGUGAAGAAGAACGAAAUUUAAUGAAAGAAGUAAACGAACAACCGCUACCAUUAACAGAAUGGAUUCUUAAUCAACCACAAGUAAAAAACAGAGACUGGAUAGAAAUGAAUGAAUUGAUUGUGCAAAGAGAAAACUAUCGUCAACGUUAUGCACAUAUAUGGAAUGAACGAGAAGCUUCUCUGAAUAGUUCUAUCGAUUGUCUUCUAACACCGGUCGGUCCAUCAGCAGCUCCACAACAUGGCACAGCUAAAUGGUGGGGUUAUACUUCUACAUGGAAUCUUCUUGACUAUCCAGCUGCCGUUUUUCCCGUCACAACUGUUGAUCUCGUCAAAGAUCAAAUUGAAAUUGAUUAUAAACCGCGAAAUACACUUGAUGAAGAGAAUUUUAAAUUGUAUAAAUCAGCCCAAUCAUAUGCUAAUGCUCCUAUUUCAUUACAAGUUGUCUGUCGACGAUACAAUGAUGAAAAAGUAAUGAAAUGUGUCGAAAUCAUUGAACGUGCAAUGGGCAGAGAAUAA